AUGUCACGAUCCGAGGUGCGUCGCAUCCAGGGUUGGACCUGUCAACGAUCAACAUCUGGUAUCGGUGGAAACGGCCGCGGUGACCGGCCACACAAAUGGAUGCCUUUUAGCGGCGGUGGGGUUUCCGCCUGCGCUACGCAGCAUACACGUACCGUAGGCCCACCGCGAGCUUGGCUAUCCAUUUCUUUGCAGCGCCGUACCACAUCUACAGUUGUCUCUGGCAUUAUCCAGGCCGAAGGCAGCAACAUUGAGACACAGGAUUCCCCGAAGGAAAAGCAACGAACGAAUUUUCCAGACCCCACCCAGGCGCUACUAAGCGAAGGCCCAAGUGUCAAGUGGCCAAAGACAUACUAUGUAGGCCUCCGACAAGGUUCCUGGGAGAAAAUCUCCAUGGUCUCCAGCGGCGUCGUGCCCCGUCUCUCUUCUCUCUGGUCUCUCGAGCAAGAAGCAUGA